CCGUCUCAGAAGAGAGAAGACGGCUGGCGUUUGGAGCAGCGGUCCUUCGGUCCAAAUCGUUCCCUUCUCCUUCAACAUCAAAUGUCGGAAACCACGGGAGGCAACGUGCAGGUCAAAAGCUAACUAAUGCUUUAACCAAAAAUAAACAAAAGAUUUGUGUGGAGCACGAGGAAGAGAAUCCCAACCUCCUGGUGUGGAGCUUCACCAUAACUUUCUCUGUCACAACUCACAACAAAAACUUUCGAGAAGGAGGACCACCUUUCUCUCCAAACUGUGGCUCCUGCACUGAAACCGCAGCUCUAACACGUCUAAGAAGUUGUCUCAGUCUCGAGGAAGUUGCCAUCUAAUCAUUUUGUGGCCACGCCUGUGUGAACCUGCAGCUGACAACAUGGCAAAGAAGAACCAAAAGGAUGCGUCAGGGGUGGUGUUUGACACGCGCUCAAAGAUGGUCAUGUCCCAAGGAGAGCCGCCUGAAAGGAUGAAGGAGAAGAUCAACUCCGUCCGGGCAGUUGUCCCCAACAAAAGCAACAAUGAGAUUGUUCUGGUGUUGCAGCAUUUUGAGAACUGCGUUGACAAGGCGGUUCAAGCAUUCUUAGAAGGUAGUGCAGUGGAAAUUCUUAAGGAGUGGAAUGUCACUGGCAAAAAGAAGCCAAAUAAGAAAAAGAAGCCCAAGCCCCAGCAGGAGGCCUCAACAGAACCUGGCCCAUCGGAGGCCACACCACUUGAGGAGUGUAAGGACAAAACCAAUGGCUUCCAUGACAAUGGAUCAGCAGUGGAUGGAGAGUCACUUGACUCCCUGAGUGAACACUUGGACUCUGUGUCCUUGGAUGCAUCAGAGCUGGACUCUGAACCGAUCACGUCUGAAACCACCGCUCUCACGGGUGCAGAUGCAGACAGUCCUCCCUCUCAGCUGGGACCAAAUACUCACCAGGCACAUAAAGGGAACAAAAUACGCCACCGCCAAGAUUCACAUCGCCAAAACUCAUCUCAUGUACUUCCCGAUGAACAAAGUCAGCAAAGGUCGUCUGGUGGCAAGAAGAUUGCGCCCAACAUUGACCGCUCUGUGAAGGACCUGCAGCGAUGCACCGCCUCACUGACUCGCUACAGGAUGGUGGUGAAGGAGGAGAUGGAGUCCUCUGUCAAAACAAUGAAGCAGGCCUUUGCUGAGCUUCAGGGCAGCUUAAUGGACAGAGAAGUGACACUGCUUGCCGAAAUGGACAAAGUGAAAGCAGAGGCUGUCCUCAUUUUAAACGGCCGCCAAAAAAGAGCCGAGGAGCUCAGAAGACUGACCGACCAGUCGGCGUCCAUGUCUGAGGAUCAGCUGACUGAACUGCGAGCUGACAUCAAGCACUUUGUGAGCGAGCGCAAAUAUGACGAGGACCUCGGCAAAGCUGUCAAGUUUACUUUCCAUCUGGAGCCGCUGAAGACGAUCAUCUCCCAAUUUGGAUCGGUGUAUCAUCCCCACACAGGUUACUCUGAUCGAUCCCGUUGCAGCUCCACGUCCUCUUUGGUGGCCAGUCCCAGUGUUGUGGAAAGUCCUCCUCCCACUCAGAGCCCGCCCAGCGAAUUUCGCCCCCCACCGGCCAAGCAGAUUUUCCAGGGCAACAGACGUACGUUCCAUGGCCAAGGCUAUCAAUCAGGGGCCCAGCAGCGCUACAACGGCGGCACUAACCACGAUCGAAGCGCCGGGCGCACCAGCCACCGCUACCAAGGCAACGACGGCCCCUCCGGUUCCAACCCGCAGCACUCCAAUAGGGGCCCUUCCACCUCCUCGUCCAACCAAAACCGAGCGUCCCACAACGGCUUGCCUCAAAGGCUCCCACGGAUGCCCUGCCCUUGACAUCGGUAAAAUUGCGCCGCUCUCUCCCAGCCCCUUUACUAAUAACCCUGCACUACCAGGGCCGCCGCCCACUUUCCCGCCCAGCUCCCACGCUCGUCUCGAUGAAGAAUAGAAUCCAAGUUUACAUAUUUUCAUGUUCAUCCUUUAGACUUGAACAGCAUCUUGAUUAGAUGAUCCUCCUCUUCCCCGCACGGAACUCUUGGUAGCGCUGCCCUCGUUAGAAAGCACUAAGAGGAGAAACUGUGCGAGGAAACCUAAGUGAAUGCUGCUUGUUGGUUCUCCUCUACUGUAAAGUUUGUGACUGAGUAAAAAGCUGUGGCACGUUCACAAAGACUAGUCCUAAUGCUAAGCUAUGCUAAUUCGCCAGACAAAAGGGCAAACCUGUGGUAAAUAAAACACACGCAAAAGUUUUAUAGAUGAGGGCUGUUUUUUUUUUGUUCUUUUUAGUGGAAUAAUGUGAAAAACUGAAGUUUCACAACACCAAGUGUCCACGUGCUGUUUGGCUUCUGACCAUCACUUCAACAAACAUCUUCUCCCGCGUUUGCUGUAACAUCGACGACACGUUUGCCUUUUUGUAGAAAAGUCUCUAAAGGAAUGGUUAGGAGAGGUCAUGUCCAUGUAAGAAUAGGACCUUGCUUUUUUGCGGACAUUAGAGAAAUAAUUGGCAGCUACGCACUUCCUUGGUGUUGCUGAUGUUGCAAGCAGGAGUCUGAUACUUCAUUGUGGGAAUCAAGCAAAGAAGUGAGCGGGAAGGAGGGGUGAAUUGAACCUCCCCACCCCCUUUGAUUUUCUUUAUCCGUAUCCAAGAGACAUUUUGCUUAUUUUCAGUUUUGAAAUGAAAAUUGUAAUUCUGUUGUUGGUGACUGUUGUGGACAAGAGCACCAUUUUGUUUGUAGAGACA